CUUGUUCUUUAAAGCGCAAACGAAUUAUUUAUACACAUCACUGUACUUUGAACCAACAUGAAGACCCAUCAACAAGCUAAUAAGUAAACCGUUUUAGAUAUCUUUCGAAAAAUUGUUAUUAAAUUCAGACUGGAUUUCAACUUCAACGUGAUAUCGGUGCCACGGAUAAUGUACUAGUCUCAGUUUGUGUACUAUAUCCUUACGUGAUUUUUCGUCAACUGAUUGUCAUUUGUAUUCAUGUCUAUAAAAUUGCAGCGUAUUGAAGUUAAACACAUCGGAGUAAGAAUGGAAUGGAAAUCACUACCAACACUGUUUGGUAUACUGGCCGUCAUCUUGUUCAGUGUCGGGACUGCUGGACCAUGUUUAAGCUUCUUUCUAGUAGAUUUCACGAUUGCCUUAGAAAAUAGUUCAGCAACAGUCGGCAUGACGCAAAGUUUGUAUUUUGGCGCCGUUUUACUUCUUGGUGUUAGUGUUAUGAGCAAUGCACAUUAUUUACUUAUAUAUAGGCCCGUUGGCAGUUAUAAUGUCCAAACGGUACGGUGAUAAAGAGACAAUAAUCGUUGGAUGCGUUAUGGUGUCAGGUGGAUUAAUGAUGACAUCACAGACGACAAGUGUAUGGCAGUUAUUUAUCUCACAUUCAUUAAUAGCAGGUACUGGUACAUCGUUGGUAGUAUCAAGCAUCGUCUUCAUCAUAGGACACCAUUUCAGUUGUUCGGCAGUAUAUUUAGGGUUUAUGUACUCUGGAUCGGCUUCCGGCAUGUUGUUAACGCCAAUAUGUUGUGCCCAAUUGAAACGUUUUCUCGGCUUCAGAGGAACAAUUUUGGUUUUAGGGGCACUAUCUAUGAAUUCUAUACCAGUUUCCCUUUUUGUAUUCAAACGAUACUCCAAAAAGCAUGGGCAAUCAAAACGGACUGAAAGUCCCGCUAUAGCAAUGACAGACGAAUGCGUAGGUUCGGUUGUCGAUCAAAAGAUUAUACGAAACGAGAGCGAUGAUGACACAAACAGAAGAACACUCUCAUCGGAAAUGUGCCGCUGUGUACACGGAAUCUCUACUUUGUCUUUAUUCCUGGAAAAUAAAAAUCUUAUCUUGCUUACCAUCGUUCGUGCUCUUACAGAGUAUGCCUACAUAGGCUUCUUCAUCCAUUUCACUGCGAGUUUGAUCUACAAAGGAGUACCUGAGCAAGAGGCGGCGUUUGCGUUAGGGUCAUUUGGACUUGGUAGCUUGUGCGGCCGACUAACUGCGUUCCUUCCAGAAUAUAUACAUCUCUGGAACAAGAACAGUACCUUCAUUAUGGCAAUGUUGAUUGUAGGAACUCUAAUGAUUGUUUUUGAUUAUAUACGAACCGUAUAUGUUACUAUCAUGUCUGCGGCGUUAAUUGGAUAUUUCAUUGGGUGGUACCUGAUACUGUUCCCGGCUUUAGUCAGAGGUUCUGUAUGUAAGGAGCGAUUUAAAGAUGCCUAUGGAGCUAUCAAUAUACCUGCAGGCAUUAUAUGUACAUUUGCUGGAUAUACAGUAGGGCUGGUUUACGAUAUUAGUGAAUCGUACAGAUUAUCUUUCUUCAUUGUUGGAGGAAUCUUUGUAUUGAGCUGUGUCCUAAUGACCAUUGCAAAUAUUGUACCAAAGUUACAGAAACAGCGUCUUUUAACUAAUGAAAAGACUAUUAGGCUGAGGUCUGCAAUAUAGCAAAAUGGAUGGAACAAAAUGCACGAAUGGAACUACAAAUGCACAAAGGGAAAUUAAUUUCCACGAGUUCGGUAAAUAUCGGUCUGUUUUACAUGCAAAUACAAUUGGUAAAUUUAACUGAACCCAAAAUAUCCUUCUCCGAACAUUGUGGUACAUAAACUCAUAUUUGAAAGACCGUACAUUUGGUUUCAAUGUGAUAAUAUUAACGAUUGUACGCAGAAACACGACAAAACACUCUAAACUUUGAUGUUAAGGUGUCUUCUAAAAUAUUUUUGAUCAUCUUCUAUUCCUAUGAUUCGCAGGAAAUUAUUAACGGUGUUUAGAAUAAAAAUUUCCAUUCUGUCAACUGACUGAUCACAAUGUUUUACUGUUAGGGUUAGGAAAAACGUGCAUUGUUCCACAAACAUGCGAGGGUGAGACCGGCACUAGUAUUUAGUAACCGGGACUGAGAGCAAAUGGAAAAAUUCAACCGGCACAAAAUGUGUGUAAUUAUGUGUUUAAUUAAAUUACACUCACAUAAUAUGUGGAUGUGGAAAAUCGAAAUUUUGGAUCCCGAAAUUAGGAAUGCGGCCUGUUUUACACCGGUUAUCAACCUAUUCUUACUUAACACUUCCAAAUCAC